AUGCAAUCAUCCAUCUCUACACUCCUUCAAGCUCAAUCUAGCACAUGGUCACAUCACUGUGGUCUAGUUUCCUUUAACCCCGAAUACCAUAUAGAACCACAUCUCAACUCCUUCGACCCCACACACCUAACAGACAGCCGUCUGCUUACUGCCACAAUUCACCACGUCCAUAAAAUACAUGACCCGCUCAACUUCUUUGUCAUUUAUGCACCUGCCCACCCAGAGCAACGCCCUCUCUUCUACUCUCUUCUAGAUCACUAUCUAGCCUUUAGUUCUCCACCACUUCCAAAAAGUGUGUUAUUUGGAGAUCUCAAUUACAACACAAGACUCACUUCCUCCCCACCCCUUCCAACCGCAUGGACCCAAUGGUUAUCCCACCAUUGGUUUGACGCCAUCACUCCUGUGAACUGCACGCCACUCCCAACAUUCACCACUGGAUCAACCCUCGAUUUCCUUUUUGUCACAAACGACCUAAAGAUAUCAGUACACUCUCCUGUGGUUGAAUAUGUUGCCGGAUCUUGGACGGAUCAUUUCAGUAUCAGCAUCCAACUUUCAAUUGGGUCACCUCAGCAUGGACCUGGAAUCUGGAGGUUCAACCCAUACCUCCUGUCUGAUAAAGAGUUUUGCAACACAAUGACUACCUUCCUUGAUGCAGCAGAAACACAGAUUUCUAAUGUAGCACCUCACAUCCAAUGGGACCUGAUAAAGGCUAAUUUGAAAGCCAUGGCUAUAGACCAUAGUCGUAAAGCUAGAAACAAAGCCAAGACUAUGCAGAAGAUACUACUGGAGCAACGAUCUGCUAUAGUAACACAGCUGCACAGUCAGUCUCAAAGUGACUCACAAUUGAGACACCCAAGCAACCCACACAGUCGUCCACACACACAGCAUACGCAACAUAUCUCCAACAAAGAGGUAGCUCAGGAAUACUUAGGGACUAGCCAACCACAAAGUCAUAGAAUUGUGGACGAACCCCACACCUCACCAACCCCACUGACAGAAGAACAAGAAUACGUUCCCAACUCUCUAGACGACGAUCCCUCCUCAGUCCUCCAUCAACAGCUGCUUGAAGUUGAGCAUCAGAUAGACUGCCAACAAGAAGUUGAUGCCCGCAUCAUAGCACUUCGAUCAGGACAUAAGUGGCGCGAACAUGGAGAAUGCUCAAAUGCCUACUUCUACCAAUGCUUGAAAGAACGCCGACAGGCACAGAACAUCUGA